UUCUCAUGCAGAGCUCACUAAUCCAGGCCAAACCUAUUAAGGGACACUCCAGCAGACAGGAAAUGAUAGAUUGGCGGCUGGUAUUUAAAUCACUGGGCACUUCACUAUGCAUGCAAAUGGUCCAAACAUGGUGCAUAGUGAAUGAAUGAGAGGUUUGCCUGUACAUCAUAAACUGCAUUUAAAAACAACACAACCGUGCUUGUACAUACUUUUUGUAUGUGCAAGAAGGCCGGAGAAGAAAAUCAGCAGCAAGUUGCAGCAGGUGAAGAAGGUUAAGGAAGCCAUCAGACAAGACCCAGCCUGGAGCCAACAGUCUGCCACAAGUUAAGGACCGACUCUUUGACCGCCCUCCCCCUCUAUAUCUGCCCCUCAACGUCCGUCCUCCUGUCCCCAAAGUGCGGGGACCCCAUCAGCAUGACAAAGCACCGACCGGGGCGCAGCCUCAUGGCACCACCCGCCCUGGGAGACCAUCACCUUGACUCGGGCGACUGUCCCCCCAUCAGCCACGUAGCACGGAUCUCUCCAGGCCGGCAUUGGAGCCACCAACUCACGGCUCAGAUGGUCCCGCAGCAGCCGCCGCUGAGCUUCCAGAAGGCGCUUGCAGCAGCGCACCCGGAGGAGCACCUCGGUGGAGCUUUCAUGGAUAAACUCCUGGAACCGGAGGCGUCAUACGGGAAUGCGCACCAAGGAGCGUACAGCGGUGACCGGGACACCACCGGCGCUAGAGGUGGAAAGAAGAAGAAGAACUACCAGCGGUACCCCAAACCACCAUAUUCAUACCUUGCAAUGAUCGCCAUGGUUAUCCAAAGGUCGCCGGAGAAGAAGCUGACUUUAUCUGAGAUUCUGAAGGAGAUCAGCACCUUGUUCCCUUUCUUUAAGGGCAACUACAAAGGCUGGAGGGAUUCCGUGCGACACAAUCUUUCUUCCUACGACUGUUUCGUUAAGGUGCUAAAGGACCCGGGUAAGCCCCAGGGCAAAGGGAACUUCUGGGCGGUGGAGCUGAGCCGCGUCCCCCUGGAGCUCCUGAAAAGGCAAAACACGGCGGUGUCGCGUCAGGAUGAGACCAUCUUCGCUCAGGAUCUGGCCCCUUACAUCCUGCAGGGACAUAAGCCAGAAUCUGAACCGCCACCCCCGCCGCCCAACCCCAUGACCACCCUGCCCCCUCCCGGUAACCUCUCCCCACCCCCCGAGGACCUGUUCCGACCCAAGCUGGACUCAUCGUUCGCUAUUGACUCCUUGCUGCACAGCUUUCGCCCCACCAGCGGCUCGGGGGAGGUGGACAUGGGUAUGAGAGACUGUUGGGUGGAAGCCGAGCACCCCAGGCUGUCGCCCCUUCCGCGGCCCCGCUACGCAUCAUCUGCACGCAGUGCUUCCGCCAGCUCGGCUAGCCCCGCCUCCACAUCAUCAUCAUCUUCUUCCUCCGAGGAGGAAUGGAAGAGGUUGUCCCAACACGGGAAGCGUCUCCCCCCUGAUGGGGAGGCAGGGUCAGACGAUUACGAGGACUACAAACCACCGCUGCACAAAUCAGCACGACGGGACGCCGCCGCCGCCCCACCUUGGGAGCUGCCCACCUCCUACGCCAAAUACGCCCCACCCAACGCCGUCGCCCCGCCAAGCAUGCGCUUCAACGGGGGGCCACUCGUGCCCCUACACGGCGGACUCCCUCUUUACGGCUACGGAAACUCCCAUGUGGCUCCGGGUCACUUUCUAAGCCACACGUACUGGCCCCUUCUCCCCAGUGGGCGGGUGUCUGUGCAAGCCCCGCCCCUUAUUAUGGACUUGGACAACAUGCUGCAGUCUGUGCCGCCGAAUAAGAGCGUCUUUGACGUGCUCAUGGCAACCAAUCAGAACUCACAUCACCAGCCAACCAGUCAGUACACCAUGCAGAAUGGGGCGCCCUUAAACCGGUACCCCCAAUACUGACCCCACUCUUUGAAACUGUCACUUUAAUUAACAUGCAACAAGAACGGCAGCUUAGAAGGAGAUACUACCUCAACUUGUACAACCAAAUACUAUAUCUACCUCUAUAUCUACCUCAAUCCUCCAAUGAAGUAUUUGCAGAUGACUACAUAGUAUAAAGCCCAGUGAAUGUACUGCAUGCUUGGAAGACGACUACCUCAUCUUUUAAACUGUGACGCGUUUUCCUGUGGACUUUGGACUGCAGGUUCAUUUGCACUCUUUUUUUUUUUUUUUUUUUUUACUCAUUAUGAUCGUAUAGAUUAUAAAUAUUACCUGCGUUGCCAGGUGAUUUUUUUUGUGUGUUUUUAAAAAUAUAUUCCUUUAGCCUUGAGGUUUGUGUUAUGUGUUUGUAUAUACAGGUGGACUUGGACCUGAGAAUGUUAUGGUGCCGAACAGGGUUGGUAAUAAAAUGCAGUUUUUAGUGUUUUCCAUCGAGGGCUAUGUGUCGUCUUAUAUUUGGGACAAUAUAGUAAUA